CGCCGCCGCCUUCCCGGAACCUUCCUCGCUCGCUCGCUUCGCUCCCCGCCUCCCGCCGCUCCCCUACAAAGCCAGCAGCUAAACCCCCCGCCUCCUCAUCCACUCCCCAACCCACCCACUCCGACGCCAUGGGCUCCUCCUACGACCCCUCCCCGUCCCCCGGCGCCGGCGCCGGCGCCGACGACCUCGCCUUCUACCUCUCCGACCUCGGCCCCGCCUCCCCCUCCGCCUACCUCGACCUCCCGCCCACCCCGCAGCACGAGAAACCUCAGCAGCAGCCGCAGCAGUACCCCCAGCCCAACGGCGGGGCCGCGGCGUCGCCGGAGGACAUGGUGCUCCCCUUCAUCUCCCGCAUGCUCAUGGAGGAGGACAUCGACGAUAAGUUCUUCUACGACUACCCCGACCACCCGGCGCUGCUCCAGGCGCAGCAGCCCUUCCUCGACAUCCUCUCCGACGACGCCUCCUCCUCGUCCCCGUCCGCCGCCCGCAGCGGCGCCACCCACCCCUCCACCUCCUCCUCCGACGCGGCCUCCGAUGCCGCCGCAGCCAACGUGCCCCUCACCCCCGCCGCCGUCGACUCCUACGCCCCGUUCAACGGCUUCGACCUCGACCCCGCCGCCUUCUUCAGCGCCGGGGCCAACUCCGACCUCAUGAGCUCCGCCUUCCUCAAGGGCAUGGAGGAGGCCAACAAGUUCCUCCCCAGCCAGGACAAGCUCGUCAUCGACCUCGACCCGCCCGACGACGCCAAGAGGUUCGUCCUCCCGGCCGAGAACAAGCUCGCGGCAUCCGGGUUCAACGGCGCUGCUCCCGCUGCCGCGGUGGCCGUGAAGGUGGAGGAGGCGGUCGUGGCGGCGCCUGAUACGGUGCCGGGCGGCGUCGGCGGCGUCGGGGGCCGCGGACGGAAGAACCGGUUCGACGGCGAGGAGGACGACCUGGAGAUGGACCGCCGGAGCAGCAAGCAGAGCGCGCUGCAGGGGGACGCCGACCAGGGGGACGUCUUCGACAAGUACAUGAUCACCUCCCACGAGAUGUGCGUCGAGCAGAUGGAGAAGCUGCGGAUCGCCAUGCAGGAGGAGGCUGCCAGGAAGGACGCGGCCGCGGGCGGUGGGAACGGCAAGGCUAAGGCCAAAGGAGGAGGGCGCCGCGGCGGGAGGGAGGUUGUGGACCUGCGCACGCUGCUCAUCCACUGCGCACAGGCAGUCGCCACCGACGACCGCCGCAGUGCCACCGAGCUGCUCAAGCAGAUCAAGCAGCAUGCCAGCCCGCAGGGGGACGCCACGCAGCGCCUUGCCCACUGCUUUGCCGAGGGCCUGCAGGCGCGGCUCGCCGGCACGGGUAGCAUGGUGUACCAGUCGCUGAUGGCCAAGCGCACGUCCGCGGUCGACAUACUCCAGGCAUACCAGCUGUACAUGGCUGCCAUCUGCUUCAAGAAGGUGGUAUUCAUCUUCUCAAACCAGACCAUCUACAAUGCAUCCCUGGGUAAGAAGAAGAUACAUAUCGUCGAUUAUGGGAUACAUUAUGGCUUCCAGUGGCCAUGCUUCCUGCGACAGAUAGCAUGCAGGGAGGGUGGGCCUCCGGAGGUGAGGAUUACUGGCAUUGAUCUUCCCCAGCCAGGAUUCCGCCCGACUCAGCGCAUUGAGGAGACCGGGCGCCGGCUCAGCAAGUAUGCCCAAGAGUUUGGUGUGCCAUUCAAGUACCAGGUGAUUGCAGCGUCCAAGAUGGAGACCAUCCGUGCUGAGGAUCUGAACCUUGACCCAGAGGAGGUGCUCAUUGUGAACUGCAUUUAUCAGUUUAAGAACUUGAUGGAUGAUAGUGUUUUGAUUGAAAGCCCAAGGGAUGUUGCGCUCAAUAACAUCAGGAAGAUGCGGCCUCAUGCAUUCAUCCAUGGAAUCGUGAAUGGCUCGUUCAGUGCUCCGUUCUUUGUGACGAGGUUCCGGGAGGCUCUGUUCUAUUACUCGGCCCUGUUUGAUGUGCUGGACACAACCACCCCAAGAGAUAGCAACCAGAGGAUGCUGAUUGAGCAAAACAUCUUUGGGAGGGCUGCCCUGAAUGUCAUUGCGUGCGAGGGUACAGAUCGUGUGGAGCGCCCAGAGACAUACAAGCAAUGGCAGGUGCGGAAUCAACGAGCAGGCCUGAAGCAGCUUCCGUUGAACCCUAAUAUCGUGCAGGUAGUGCGGGACAAGGUCAAGGAGUGCUACCACAAGGACUUUGUGAUUGAUAUAGAUCACCAUUGGCUCUUGCAGGGAUGGAAGGGCCGCAUCCUCUUUGCCAUCUCGACAUGGGUGGCAAAUGAUGAUGCUGGUUCUUAUUUUUAGCUGUUUUUUCAAUAUGUUGUCUACAAAUAUAGGUUUAGGUGUGUCAUCUAGAUAUAUCUAGUGACAGUGUGUUCUGUAUGGCCCAGUGAAUGGCCAUGGUUCCGUGGGUUCCUUGACUCGAGGUAUGCCUAAUCAGAAUUCAACAUGGACCUGUUCUUUCCAUGGGAGAUUGUUUUGCUGAUUCAUGUGAUUCACUGAGGAACAUGGUUAACAGAAGAUGUGAGGGAUCAGAAGCAGAAGGCAUGCAGAAAUCCAUGCUUUGAUGUAAUGUGAAAUAGAUGUUUAUUAUGCAGUCGUGUUUCUGCUUAGUGCUAUUUAGUAGAAUUUAGACUUAGGUCCUGCUCUGGAUCAUGUUGGCUGCAGUAUCACUUGCGAGUUGUGAUCAAUCCAGUCAGCUGAUUAGGUUGUAAUGGCAGUCCGGUGCUUGCUGCACUAGCAUUGUAUGAUAAAGCGCUGAAACUAGAUGUUCUGUUCAUUGGAGCUCUUUCCUGAUGGGCAUGUGCUACAUAUUCAUACAUGAUUCAUCUU